GCCCGCGGAAAUCUGUCAAAGAUCUUUCAAGCUGCGCGCACUUUGUAGAUGUUUCUAACUUGACUUAGUGUAGUAACUAAUAUUUGUCCUUUUUUAAUAAUUGUGUCUUCUACAAACGUGCGUUAUAACGGGUAGUAAAAACAGCAGAAAGUAUGAGUUUAUUGGAGGUGAGGUUUGUGGGCGACGGAGAUGCACUGGAACACAUAGUGGACAAACAAGAAGAUGUGCAGGGCAGCCACAGCAGUGUGCAGAGGCUGGUGACUCUGAGGAGUGAAGCGGAGAGGAGCAGUAGAGAGGAUGGAGCAGGCCUUAGUGAGCUGCACUAUGUCCAGGCCCUCGGAACAGAUGAUGGGGAGGAGUGUGUAGCAGCAGGAGGAGGAGGAGCAUCAAUGUUCACCUUUCAGACGGUGAAACGCGCCAACAGGAUGGCCCAGAUGGCGUCUGAGCUGGCUCGGACCCCAGUGAGGAGUGUGACCUUCAGAACAACACCUGACCCUUCUGGCCCCGCCCACAAUGGCUGCAAGAGUGAGAACAGGACUCCUCAGAAGGGCAGGAAGGUGCAGUUUGUUUCCACAACGCCCCACAGACUCAGGAAGAGACUAUCAGAUCCCAGCCUGAGGUCUGACAGCGACAGCGAGCUCUCUCCCUCUGACUCUGGAGGGGAGGAGGAGGAUGAUGAUGAUGAGGAGGACAGAGUGAAUCAGUCCAGCACACCCAGUAAGCCUCCAGCCACAGCUCUCUAUAAGACACCUGCUAAGAAGAGCAAGACUGCCCCAGAACCGCCCAGCCAGGCCAGUCUGGUAGAGGAAUACUUUGAGGCUCACGGCAGUUCUAAAUUCCUGACAUCAGACCGGACCCUGCAGCGCCUACACACACCUAAAUUAGACCGGGAGACGUUGUUCCGUCUGUUAGAAGGGAAACCGGCGUGUUAUUCUGCAGAGAUUGAGAAGCUCCACUCCAGUCACCAUGAACACUUCAACAAGUGGAUGCUGCAGCUACAGCUGGGUUACAGUGUAUUGCUGUACGGGCUGGGCAGUAAGAAGGCCUUACUAGAGGAGUUCCGAGUGUCUCUGCUCUGUCAGGAGAUGCACCUGGUUGUCAACGGAUUCUUCCCUUCCAUCACUCUCAAAUCAAUCCUGACUGCUCUGUCUGCAGAGCUUCUAGAACACCAAGGAACGUUCCGGAACCCUGCUGACCAACUACAGUACAUCACCACCACCCUCAGAGAACAGCCGGACCUCCAUGUGUACCUGUUGAUCCACAACAUUGACGGUCCCAUGCUCCGCGGAGAGAAGACCCAGAAUGCACUGGGUCAACUGGCGUCACUACCCAACCUGCACCUUGUCGCCUCCAUCGACCACAUCAACGCACCGCUCGUGUGGGACCAGUGCAAACUGAGUCAGUUUAACUGGUUGUGGUGGGAGUGCGUGUGUUUCCAGCGUUAUGUGGAGGAGACGUCCUAUGAGAACUCUCUACUCGUUCAACAGACUGGAGCCCUCGCCCUCUCCUCCUUGACACAUGUCCUACGUAGCCUUACGGCUAACGCCAGGGGCAUCUUUAAACUGCUGGUGGAGUUCCAACUGGAGAACAAAGACAACAGUUCAUACACAGGCUUGUCAUUCCAGGACUUCUACCAGCGUUGUCGGGAAGCCUUCCUGGUGAACUCUGACCUCACCCUGCGAACCCAGCUCACAGAGUUCAGAGACCACAAACUCAUCCGCACACGCAAGGGUGCUGAUGGGGUGGAGUACCUGCUGGUUGCUGUGGACACCAGCACGUUGACUGACUUCCUGGAGAAAGAAGUAGAGUGAGGAGAGGAGCAGACGUCACCUUCCGUCUUUCACUUCCAUUGAACCCGAGAGAACUGGGCCGUAUUCAUUUAGGGUCCGAGAACUGGGCCGUAUUCAUUUAGGGUCCGAUAACUGGGUCGUAUUCAUUUAGGGUCAGAUAACUGGGCCGUAUUCAUUUAGGGUCAGAUAACUGGGCCGUAUUCAUAUAGGGUCAGAAAACUGGGCCGUAUUCAUAUAGGGUCAGACAACUGGGCCGGAUUCAUAUAGGGUCAGACAACUGGGCCGGAUUCAUAUAGGGUCAGACAACUGGGCCGGAUUCAUAUAGGGUCAGACAACUGGGCCGGAUUCAGAUAACUGGGUCAGACAACUGGGCCGGAUUCAGAUAACUGGGUCAGACAACUGGGCCGUAUUCAGAUAACUGGGCCAGACAACUGGGCCGUAUUCAGUUAACUGGGCCAGAUAACUGGGUCGUAUUCAUUUUGGGUCAGAUAACUGGGUCGUAUUUUAGGUCAUAAUGAUUAAGAUUACAGGGACGACCUGAUCUUAGAUCAGCACUCUGAGACGCUUUAAGAAUACGGGCCCUGAUCACAUUGGUGUUAACCCACACUGGGCCCUUUGGUAGUUAGUUAAGAAACACUGGCUGUAGCUAGGGUCAUCUGCUCUUUAGGCCAAAGUCAAUUUCCACUAUGUUGCUUUGACCUGGCCUUUUCAGUGCAGAGGAUGUACACAUUCCAUUUGUGUGUUUUUGAUGAUUUUUGUUUAGUCUUAUUGACCACCUCUGAAAAUCUGUAGCGCUGUUGUCUGUAAUAACUCUUCACAUUCAGUAAAAAAAAA